AUGGCGUACUCGUUCCCUGAGGAGGUGUUGGAGUACGUGUUUGCGUUCUUGAGCUACGACAAGGACCGGAACGCGGUUUCGUUGGUGUGCAAAUCUUGGUACGAGAUUGAGAGGUGUUGCCGGAGGAGGAUUUUUAUCGGGAACUGUUAUGCGGUGAGUCCACAGAUCGUGAUCCGCCGGUUCCCGGAGGUGAGGGCAGUGAAGAUCAAGGGGAAGCCGCAUUUCGCGGAUUUCAACUUGGUGCCUGAGGGUUGGGGUGCGUAUGUGUACCCAUGGAUUUCAGCCAUGGCUAGGUCUUACCCGUGGCUCGAAGAAAUCAAGCUCAAGCGCAUGGUGGUUACGGAUGAGAGCUUGGAGCUGAUCUCCAAGUCGUUCAAAAAUUUUAAAAUUUUGGUGCUCUCGUCGUGUGAGGGGUUCACUACUGAUGGUCUUGCCUCCAUUGCGGCCAAUUGCAGGAACCUCAGAGAACUAGAUUUGGGGGAGAGUGAAGUGGAGGACUUGAGUGGGCAUUGGCUUAGCCAUUUCCCAGACAACUUCACCUCACUGGUGUCACUUAACAUGUCUUGUUUGGGCUCUGAGGUGAGCUUUUCGGCUCUGGAGCGUCUCGUUUUACGGUGUCCUAACCUGAGAACUCUUCGUCUGAAUCGUGCGGUGCCUGUUGAGAAGCUCCCAAGCCUACUUCGCGGUGCCCCCAAAUUGGUUGAGUUUGGUACAGGUGCCUAUUCAGCUGAAAUUCAAACAGAUAUCUUCUCUAACCUGGUGGAAGCAUUUUCAGGCUGCAAGCAGCUCAAAAGAUUGUCUGGGUUUUGGGAUGCGGUUCCAGCUUACCUUCCAGCAAUGUAUUGUGUGUGCUCCAGAAUCACUUCAUUGAACUUGAGCUAUGCUACUGUUCAAAGUCCAGAUCUUGUUGAGCUCAUUAGCCAGUGUCCCAAUUUAAAGUGUCUAUGGGUGCUGGAUCACAUCGAGGAUGCUGGCCUUAAGGUCCUUUCCUCAUAUUGCAAGGAUCUGCAAGAACUUAGGGUGUUUCCUUCAGAUCCUUAUGGUGCAGAACCAAAUGUGUCUUUGACGGAAGAGGGGCUUGUCACAGUUUCGGCAGGUUGCCCCAAGCUCCAGUCGGUGCUAUACUUCUGCCGUCAGAUGUCAAAUGCUGCAUUGAUUACUAUUGCAAGGAAUCGUCCUAACCUUAUCCGCUUCCGUCUAUGUAUUAUCGAUCCUCAAGCUCCUGAUUACCUAACCCUUGACCCACUUGAUACUGGCUUUGGAGCCAUUGUAGAGCACUGUAAAGAACUGCGGCGCCUUUCCCUUUCUGGUCUCCUCACUGAUCGAGUUUUUGAAUACAUUGGGACUCAUGCUAAGAAACUAGAGAUGCUUUCUAUAGCUUUCGCUGGGGAUAGCGACUUGGGCCUCCAUCACGUGUUGUCUGGGUGUGAAAGCCUCCGAAAACUGGAGAUCAUGGACUGUCCAUUUGGGGACAAGGCUCUCUUGGCCAAUGCUGCAAAGCUGGAGACAAUGCGAUCCCUUUGGAUGUCAUCUUGCUCUGUAAGUUAUGGAGCAUGUAAGCUUCUAGCUCAGAAGAUGCCCAAGCUCAAUGUUGAAGUUAUAGAUGAGAGAGGACACCCUGAUUUAAGGCCAGAAACCUGUCCUGUUGAAAAACUUUAUAUAUACAGGACAGUUUCAGGGCCAAGAGUUGAUAAACCCGAUUUUGUAUGGACAAUGGAUGAAGAUGCAGUUUUGAGGCUUUCUUAA